AUGGAUCUCGGCCAUGACAUGCUGGUCGACUCAGACUACGACGAGAAGCAGCAAGAUGUCGCCAUAAUAUCUCCCGAAGACGACUCAAUGGAAGAGGUCGCUGUCCAAGAGCCCCGCGCCGACGACUAUGCCGCCAUGCGUGAACGCUUCCUGCCCGAAGACCCCGACCUCGAAAUCGAGUCCGAGAUAACCUACACAUGGGACAUCAAAGACUGGCGCACGCUGCCACGCAGACACCACAGUCCAACUUUCCACACUGGAGACCACCCCUGGAAGGUCCUCUUCUUUCCCGCUGGUAACAACGCCAAUGAGUCUGUCAGUUUCUAUCUGGAGCAGGGCUAUGGAGACGAGGACAAGCCUCCGGCAGACUGGUAUGCCUGCGCUCGCUUCAUGCUGGUCCUGUGGAACCCGAACGACCCAUCCAUCUAUCUACACCACGAGGCUCAGCACCGCUUCAACCAAGAGGAGGGCGAUUGGGGCUUCACACGCUUCGCAGACAAGAACAGAGUGUUUGCUACACGUUUCGACGACAAGGACCGCCCUCUCGUGGAGAACGACUCUGCAAAACUCACGGCAUAUGUGCGAGUGCUGAAGGACCCAACCGGUGUUCUUUGGCACAACUUUGUUAACUACGAUUCUAAAAAAGAGACAGGCAUGGUUGGUCUACGCAACCAGGGCGCCACUUGCUACCUGAACUCCCUGCUCCAAUCCCUUUUCUUCACCAAUGCUUUCCGCAAGGCUGUAUACCAAAUACCCACCGAGAAUGAAACAGACGCCCGGAACAGCAGUGCAUGGGCCUUGCAGCGUCUCUUCUACAAGUUGCAAACAGACCCUGUCGCCGUUUCCACCAUGGAGCUCACCCAGUCGUUCGGAUGGGAGUCUCGUCAAGUCUUCGAGCAACAAGACGUCCAAGAACUCUCUCGCAUCCUGAUGGACAAGUUGGAAGAAAAGAUGAAGGGCACCGAGGCUGCAAACGUCCUGGCCGAGAUGUUUGUUGGCAAGAUGAAGACAUACCUCCGUUGCAUCAACGUCGACUACGAGAGCUCUCGUGUCGAAGACUUCUGGGAUCUACAACUCAACGUCAGCGGCUGCAAGACCCUCGACGACAGCUUCCGCGAUUAUGUACAGGUCGAGACUCUCGAAGGCGAUAACAAGUACGCCGCCGAAGGAUACGGCCUGCAAGACGCAAAGAAGGGUGUCAUCUUCGAGAGCUUCCCCCAAGUCCUGCAUCUUCAACUCAAGCGCUUCGAAUACGAUUUCGUCAGGGAUGCAAUGGUCAAGGUUAACGAUCGAUACGAAUUCCCUGAGGUCUGGGAUGCUUCACCUUACCUUUCAGAGACAGCCGACCGUUCCGAGCCGUACAUCUACCGUCUUCAUGGCGUGCUCGUCCACAGCGGUGACAUGAACGCCGGCCAUUACUAUGCUUUCCUCAAGCCGACAAAGGACAGCCCAUUCUUCAAGUUCGAUGACGAUCGCGUCACUCGUGCUACUCCCAGAGAAGCCAUGGACGAGAACUUUGGUGGUGACUACGCACCGACCGGCCCUAACGGCGCUACAAAGAUGCAGAAUCCCUUCACUCGUCAAUGGUCGACCAAGCGUUCCAUGAGCGCUUACAUGCUUGUUUACAUCCGCGAGAGCCGCAUCGAUCAAAUCCUUGGAGAUAGCGACAGCAUUCAGCCCCCAACUCACCUACCCAGCCGUCUUGCCGAAGAGCGUGCUGCACUUGAACGCAAAAGAAAGGAGCGCGAAGAGGCUCAUCUGUACAUGAACGUCCAAAUUGCCACGGAAAGUAACUUCCGCUCAUACCAGGGCUUCGAUCUGGUGGAUUGGAAGUCGACUGACCAGGACGAGGCCGUUGCUCCCAAGGUACUGAGAUGUAAGAAGGCAAUGACCUUGUCAGAAUUCAACGAGCAGGUUGCACAAGAUAUCGGAACUGAUGCUGACCUGAUCCGUCCGUGGGUCAUGGUCAACCGCCAGAACGGCACAGUCAGACCUGAUCAUCCUUUGAACUACGCGACAAUGACACUCGAGGAAGCGAACGCCAAAUUCUCGACCAGAGCAGCAUCAUUCCGUCUUUUCAUCGAACAGACCACCCGUGGCGAGGACGGCAAGCCGGUAUGGGAUGCUGACGUUACGCCAGCCUCUGCUCCCACUCAGGAGUCAAAGCCUAUCAUUGUUUUCCUCAAGCAGUUUGACCUUGAAUCGCAGACGCUCAAGGGUAUCGGCCACGCAUAUAUGCUCCAAAGCCAAAAAGUCCAGGACCUUGCAGAACCGAUCCUGAAGCUCAUGGGCUGGGAAGCAGGCACCUCGCUCAAGUUGUUCGAGGAAAUCAAGCAGAAUUUCAUCGAUGUCAUGAAGCCCAAGCAAACUCUCGGACAAUCCGAGAUCCAGGAUGGCGACAUUAUCUGCUUCCAGAAGAUGCUUCCUGUGGAAGAUGUGCAAGCAUUCCAACAAAAGUAUCCCUCUGCCUACACUGACGCAGUUUCCUUCUACGACUAUCUGCUAAAUCGUAUUCGUGUAUUCUUCCUACCCCGUCCUGGAGCACCGCAAAGCAUUCCUCUUGAACAAGGAGCAGACGAGUUUGAAAUGUAUCUCUCAAGGAAGGACAGCUACGAUACGUUGGCGACCAAGACAGCACAGCACUUAUCGACGAUUUCAAAGGCAGAGGUCGACCUUACUCAUCUGCGCUUCACCACCGUCAAUUCCCAAAGCGGCAAGCCUAGAGGGCCUGUGAAACGCACACCUACAACGACAGUACACACCAUUCUGGCCGGCGUUGGUAACGGUGGAUAUGGCGGCGGUUAUGGCUACACCAACCAGUCACCCGACACAUUGUACUACGAAGUUUUGGAAAUGAGCUUGACAGACUUGGAACAACGCAAGACUGUCAAGGUGACUUGGCUGCCCGAGGGCGUGACCAAAGAAGAAACCUUUGACUGCCUUGUGCCCAAGGUUGGUACCUUUGAGGACGUUCUCCCAGUAUUCCAGAGGAAGGCCAAACUACCGGAUGAGCUGAUUGAGCAGAUCCGCUUCUACGAGGCUCACUCUGGCAAAGUGUAUAAGAACCUCAGCCUGGACACACCCGUAUCGACGUUGAAUGAAUUCAUGCAAGUUUAUGCAGAGCGCUUACCAGAGGAGGAACGAGAGGCCGAGAAGGAGGGCACACCACCCCUCAUUGGAUGCUUCCACUACGACAAAGAGCCGGCGAAGCCGCACGGUGUCCCCUUCAUCUUCCUAAUGAAGCAAGGUGAAAUCUUCAAGGACACCAAGGAGCGAUUGUCGAAGCGUACGGGCAUCAAAGGCAAGCAAUUCGAGAAGAUCAAGUUUGCAAUGAUUCCUCAUGGAAAUUACUCGCGGCCAAAGCCUCUUGAAGAUGACGAUAUUCUUUCAGAACACUUCAGCGAGGGCGACCAGCUCGGCUUGGACCACGUCAACAAGCAGCGCAACGCAUGGCUAAAGUACGAGAGCCUGAACAUCCGAUAG